AGCAAUUCGACCAGAAGGUCCCCGCAGGCGGCGCCUUCACCGUGCCUUAGCGCCCAUGGCGCCGCCUGUGAUUUGCGAUACCGGGACUGGGGUGAUCAAGGCGGGCCUGGCCGGUGAGCAGGAGCCGUCCCUGGUCUUCCCCAACCUCCUGGGGCGCCCCAUGCUGCGCGCCGACGGCAUGAACCUCGGCCAGGUGGAGGACCUGAUGAUUGGAGACGAGGCCAAUGCAAACAGGUCCAUGCUCCAGCUGUCCAGACCCAUCCAGAACGGCGUGGUGAAAGACUGGGACGGCAUGGAGGCUGUAUGGGACUACACCUUCCAGAGGCUUGGCGUGUCCAACUUCAGCGACCACAAGGUGCUUCAGACGGAGGCGGCGCUGAACCCCCCGAAGAACCGGGAGAAGAUGGCCCGAGCCCCGGGCGCAAACAAGGUGGAGAUCAUGUUUGAGCGCUAUGGCUUCGGCUCGGUGAACGUGUCCGUGCAGGCGAUCCUGGCCUUGAACUCGCGGGGGCUCACCUCCGGCUUCGUGGUGGACUCCGGUGAUGGUGUCACCCACCUGGUGCCGGUGACGGAGGGAUACCUGGAGCCCGCGCUGGUGCAGAGAGUGAACCUGGCUGGGCGCCACGUCACAGAGCAACUCAUGAAGCUCCUGGUAGGCCAAGGCCAUCCCCUGAACUCCACCGCCGACUUCGAGACGGUCCGAGAGAUCAAGCAGAAGCUGUGCUACGUGGCCUACGACCCCGGGGCGGAGAAGAAGCUCGCGCGGGAGACCACGUUGGUGGACAGGCUGUACAGCCUGCCGGACAGCCGCGCCAUGCGCAUCGGCGCGGAGCGGUUCAUGGCCCCGGAAAUCCUGUUCAAGCCCUCGCUGGCUGGGCACGGGGACGCUGAGGGCCUGGCUGACCUGGUGUUCAACACCAUCAGAAAAUCGGACAUCCACGUGCAGAAGGACUACUUCCAGACGAUCCUCCUGUCCGGGGGGACCACCAUGUUCCCCGGGAUGUCCUCCCGCUUGGAGAAGGAUCUCAAGUCCCUGUACCUGCAGAACGUGCUGGGUGGGGACACGGCGCGCGCCAGCAAGUUCCGGGUGCAUGUGGAGGACCCUCCGCAGCGGCAGCACAUGGUCUUCCUGGGCGCCUCCAUUAUGGCCGAGGCCUACGACCAGCAGGCGGACUCCAAGUUCUGGAUCUCCCGGCAGGAGUACCAAGACGUGGGGGCCGGUGCGGUGCAGCGAUUGAUUCCCACGAAGCUGUCGUGAGCCGG